UGCUUGAGGCCAACUGUCAGUCAUCGCCUUCCAGCCCCGCCCAUUCUAAUCUGUCCCCCAUACACUGCGCGAAAGAGAAAGUAAUAUUGUUGCAGCUGGAGAUGAAUGGAGCCAAGUGAAUGGGACAUUCCUAUAGGAAUCAAUAGCUGCAGGAAGAGCGCCAAAUGCCGGAGGUAGAAAUCAUCUGAGCAAAACGGCGAUUGUGAGUUCUACUUGACUUGGCAGCUGUGCCAGCUUCCUAAUGCCUCCUUCCCCAUUAGACGACAGGGUUAUAGUGGCACUUUCCAGGCCAGUUCGACCUCAGGUUCUUAACCUUUGUUUAGACUCUUCCUAUUUUGAAAGCUCUUCCAUUCUCAGCGACAGCCAUAAGUCCCUUCUCAGCACGAGUGUAGUGUGUCUCAACGCUGCUAACCUGACGUAUAUGCCCUCAUCCACCAGCUCGGCACGCUCUCUUGGUUGUGGAUGUAGCAGUGCCAGCUGUUGUACUGUAGCCUCGUAUGACAAGGAUAGCCAAAGCCAGGCAGUGAGCAGCACGACCAUCACAAGUGGCGUUUCUGGACCGUCAGCCUCUAGCUCUGCCAACCAAAUGGUCAACAAUAAUGAGAACAGUGGUGCUUUAAGUUCAUCCGGAAGCCCCAUCUCUGGUGCAACCAAACAGUUUUCCAACAUAAAAAUCAUUUAUCCCAAUGAUCUGGCUAAGAAGAUCAGCAAAUGUACAAAGACACACCUCCCAAAUCAAGGGCCGGUUAUCAUUGACUGCAGGCCUUUCAUGGAAUACAAUAAAAGCCACAUACAAGGAGCCGUGCAUAUUAAUUGUUCCGAUAAAAUCAGCCGGAGGCGACUUCAGCAGGGAAAGAUAACGGUACUGGAUUUAAUAUCCUGCAGGGAAGGCAAGGACUCUUUCAAGAGGAUCUUCUCCAAAGAAAUUAUAGUUUAUGAUGAUAACACCAAUGAACCGAGCAGGGUAAUGCCAACCCAGCCGCUCCACACGGUGCUGGAGUCACUGAAAAGAGAAGGCAAGGAACCCCUUGUUUUGAAAGGUGGGCUCAGCAGUUUCAAGCAGAACCACGAAAGCCUCUGUGACAAUUCCCUCCAACUUCAAGAUUGUUCCGAUGGGGGAGGAGCGUCCGCCGUGUCAAUCACUCUACCUCAGUCCAUCCCUACCACCCCCGACAUCGAGAACGCAGAGUUGACCCCCAUCUUGCCCUUCCUUUACCUCGGAAACGAGCACGAUGCCCAGGACUUGGAAACAAUGCAAACACGGAACAUAAGUUAUAUUGUCAACGUCACCACCCACCUCCCGCUCUACCACUAUGAGAAAGGGGUCUUCAACUACAAGCGUCUUCCCGCCACCGACAGCAACAAGCAGAAUCUCAGGCAGUACUUCGAAGAGGCAUUUGAGUUUAUCGACGAAGCCCACCAGUGUGGAAAAGCUCUUCUCAUCCAUUGCCAAGCAGGCGUCUCCCGUUCGGCCACCAUCGUGAUCGCGUACCUGAUGAAGCACACGCGGAUGACAAUGACGGACGCCUACAAGUUUGUUAAGGGAAAGCGACCAAUCAUUUCUCCGAACCUAAACUUCAUGGGGCAGUUACUGGAAUUUGAGGAAGACCUAAACAAUGGAAUUACACCUCGGAUCCUUACGCCAAAGCUGGUCGGGGUGGAGACUGUGGUCUAGCUGAACAAAUAUCUAUAUAUAUAUAUAGGGUAAAUAUGCAGUCUAUCUUUCAAAGUUUUUUUUUUUUUUUAAU